AUGUUUUUGGAUAUAACCACUGCCUUGAAGGAAAAAGAGUAUUGGGAAUUAGAUGCAGAUAAGAAAACCUUCUUGCUCAAGUUUCUAUGCGACGAGCUAUUGAAAACCAGUCUUAUCCAUACGAAUUUGAAAGAGCCAGAUGUGAAUAACAGAUUCUAUUGGGGAUUCCCAAACACAAACACAAGCACACAUUACGGAAUCAUCAUAACAAGACCGGAAUGUGUGAUUCCAAUAUAUUACGACUCCGAUUCCGGUGCAUGGCGUCUAUUCCAAUCCGACGAACAAAUCAAGAAUCUAAUCAACUCAAACGAAACGACCCGAAGAGAAACCAUCCUUUCGCAUAACAACGGACUUGCUACAAAGGCAAGUGAGUUGCUGGAGGCGAACAUGGCAAAAUGGCAUAGGUGUGAUUGUUUGGAACCCGUUUUGCCAUGUAGAUACCACUGUGUUAAAUGCCAUGAAACCUUUUUCAUAAAUGUUGAAUUUGAACAACAUAAGAAGAACAAGUUUGAUUGUGGUUUGGGUUUGGUGAGUCGACCAGGACCCAGUUGUGAUUCAUUGAGACAGUUGAAGAUGAAUUUGUUGGAUAUGGAAGCUGCACUUCCUGAUGGAGCUAAAAGAGGAUCUAGGGCAAGUUCUGAAUGGAGGUCUGAAUGGUCUGCUUCUGUUAAAUCAGCUAAUACCGUAUAUGAGAUGGUUGAAGCAACAAUGGUAUUGGAAACCAAGAUAGAUUAUAUCAACAACACAUGGUGAUGGUAGUGGUCUUCGAUGGCAGCUGCCACCAAGACAUCCACCACCUCUGUGCCCUUGCUCUUCAUAUCUACACACUCGAUGCCACCAUGACUACCAGAAAACCACUGCCACUGCCACCUUUUACAGCCAAAAACUAUCAAAGAAACGGAAACACCCUGGUCACAAACCAAAGGAACAAAGAAAGAAACCACAAGAUAAACAAG